UUGUCCACCACCGAGCGGCCCGAGCAGCCGGACCGGACGGCGCAAACGGCCGACCAGCGCCUGCAGGACGUGCUGCGCGGCAUGGUGACGUACGGCGAGGCCGCUGAGGGCGACGAGGGCACGCUGGAGGAGGUGCGCCAGCUGGCGGCGAGGGAGAACACGCGGCCGUCACUGCCCCGCCCCGGGAAGGACCUGUUGGAGCUCAUCGAGGACAAGUCCAUCUCGAAAACGCGCCGCAGGAGGGACGCGGCGAGGACGGACAUGAAGCAGCUGACGGACUUCAUGUCACAGGAAAACUACUCGCAAGAGCUGAUUAACAGCUUCCAGACGGGCGGCGUCAAGCGACACAACUCGAUCAAGAAAGAGCUACGCGAGCCCAUCGACAUUGAUAUGCACGGCAUAGCGGUCAUGGCGGCGUCGCUGCGGAAGCGCAGCGCGCCGGUCCAGGCUACCACAGCUGACCGGCUGGACGUGACCGCCACCGAUGUGGACAACUUGGGGGUCGACACCAUCGGGCGUGCUGUUCGCAACCCGAGCGGCGAUCCCAGCGCCACCUACGACAUCAUCACGGCACCGGGCGCUGCCACAUAUGCCAUUCCCUCAGGGUCCGGUGCUGCCACCUAUGGCACGGGCUCUGCGCGAGCGCGGCGGCGGCGCAGCGCGCCUGGCACGCGACGCGUGCUGGACAAGAUCCGGAUCGCGCCUGACCUGCCCGACAUGAUGACCCUGGACCCGGAGGACGUGCUAGAGAGCGAGGAGAGUCCACUGCUGCCGGUGCGCGUGAUCUCCGGCGCCGAGCGCGACCCGUUCGAGGUGACUGAGCGCGGCGCGCUUGUGUUCGAGGAGAGCGAGCGGCGCCCCACCUGGAGCCCCUGGGGUCUCUGGGGGCCCUGUUCAGUCACCUGCGGCCCCGGGCAGAAGGCGCGCUACCGACACUGCGUGCAGGGGCCGCGCUGUGAGCCUGGCGAGCGAGAGUCAGACUUCAAGCCCUGCCUGAGGAGGUCCUGCACGCUCCCCGUACCCGCGGGGCUCCUGGACGCCUUUUGAUGGCGUGUGUGGGGAGAACGCUCCCAAAUACAUUUUCACAUCACGCCAGCUU